AUCCAGCAAACAAGAAUGAUUUGGCUAACUGUUCUAGCAAUGCUUUUAGCUGCUAACGUUCACAGUCAAUCAGGAAUUGCUUCUCAUGGGGCUGAAUUACAAAUCUUGCAUAACGUAUUCUGCUCAGUGCCUUACGCCAACUUCCGCGUCGAUGUUUACGAGCACGUCGAUAAUCAAACGACGACCACGCAAAGCAGCAAAAAGUAUUUUUACGCCCCCAUUGCUUUACUGGACCAUCAAAGUGCCAGUUGUGUCUACAACAAGGACACCCAACAAAACGAGAUGCGAUUUCGAGUUGACAUGUGGAACGACAAGAUUGAACACCAAGUGAUUGAAUAUUUAACAAAUUUUAUGGGUCAACAAGUGAACGCUACUCAAGUGCAAGUUGUUCCAUUAGAGAACGUGGCACUGACCACCAAUGGGACGUCGACCAUCUGCAAGUUAAGAAACGAUUGGGUUCCGUAUCGCAAAUCAAUGUGGUUUAACCUGUCGUGUUUGCUUCAAAAGACUUGCAAUCAACUGGCUACGGAAAUGCGGACGAAUCCCUCACUAUUUGAACAUUUGAAACUGUUGUACAGCCCUGGUUCAACAGCAUCGCAAACAUUCGCCAACACUCAGUAUCAUGAUAUCCAUCUGGUUCGAGACUCGGCUCCUACGGCUGACGAUUGGGCUCAAUUAGUGGCAAACCAUAACGAUACGAGCAAACAAUUGAAUGAAAUGAAGGUGAUGAUGGGAGCUUUGGGAAAGACAUUAAACGAAUCUAAAAGUAUUCGGGAGGAAGUUCGGAAAUUGCCAGAAAUUGCGAGACGCUCGUCGGAAACUAUGGGUCGUCUGACAGACACGAACAUCACCGUCCAGGUACUGAAGAACCAAUUGGCAGAUAUUACACAGCAGCUUGACGUCACAAAGCAAAACUUUACGGAAGAAUUAAACGAAAACAAAAUUGCCAUCGAAUCAUUGAAAAAGGAGUUGGUCGAAAUAAACAGACGCUCGGAAGAUAAUUCGAUGCAACUGAGAAACGUGAAAGCUGAAUGGCUUAAGGAGGCUAAAGAAUGGUGGGCAGGACUGCAGACGACAACAUCCAGGCCAACUACAUCCCCAACUCCGCAAUUUGACUGCACAGGCAAAACGAAUGGAACCUAUGCCAAUCCGGCAUCAAAGUGCUCAAGUAUCUUUUACACGUGCAGCAACGGAAAGGCUGCCACGUCCAACUGCCCGCCAGGAACAGUUUAUCACCCAAAGAAAAAGGAGUGCUUGUGGAUUACUAACGUGGAAGGAUGUCCGAAACCCGCAUCACGUUAGCACCAGACAUUUUCGCUGUUUUCAAAUAACCUCUCAAAAGAAAUUGCAUAACUAAUUACUGGUUAUUUCGCAUGAAGUAGCCUACUGCUGAAGGGAGGACUUAAUUUGAAAU